AUGGCCAGCACGGCCGUGCAGCUGCUGGGCUUCCUGCUCAGCUUCCUGGGCCUGGUGGGCACGCUGAUCACCACCGUCCUGCCGCACUGGCGCCGCACGGCGCACGUGGGCACCAACAUCCUGACGGCCGUGUCCUACCUGAAGGGGCUGUGGAUGGAGUGCGUGUGGCACAGCACGGGCAUCUACCAGUGCCAGGUCUACCGCUCGCUGCUGGCGCUGCCGCGGGACCUGCAGGCGGCCCGCGCGCUCAUGGUCGUCUCGUGCCUGCUGUCGGGCGUGGCCUGCGCCUGCGCCGUGGCGGGCAUGCAGUGCACGCGCUGCGCCAAGGGCUCGCCCGCCAAGCGCGCGCUCGCCGCGCUGGGCGGCGCGCUCUUCCUCCUGGCCGGCCUGCUGUGCCUGGUGGCCGUCUCCUGGACCACCAACGACGUGGUGCAGAACUUCUACAACCCGCUGCUGCCCAGCAGCAUGAAGUUCGAGAUCGGGCAGGCCCUGUACCUCGGCUUCAUCUCCUCGUCGCUGUCGCUCAUCGGCGGCACGCUGCUCUGCCUCUCCUGCCAGGACGACGGGCCCGCCAGGCCCGACCAGGCCCAGCCCGGGGCCACCACGGCCGCCGCCGCACCCGCCUACCGGCCCCCCGCCGCCUUCAAGGACAACCGGGCCCCCUCGGCCACCUCGGCCUCGCUCAGCGGGUACAGACUGAACGACUACGUGUGA